CCGUCGGGCGACGGAGUUCCCUCAGUUGUAUACGUCUCUCGCGGUCGUCUGUCGUCGCGGGCGCUGUGCCGUAAUAUUAUUCUGCAGCGGAUUGCGUUCGAUCGGGAUGAUGAAAACCCACUCCGGUGUAGUGGUGACGCGAGAAUAGAGAGAAAAAUUAGAGUAAUACGAGGAAACCGCAAACGGACGACAAUUUAUAAUUGUUUAUCAAAACUAUAUACGUCACGAUAAUAUUUUAAUACGUCGCACAGUUCGCCAAGUGACAUUCGUGUGCGGCUCGGAUUGCAAGUUACGAGUGUUUUGGAUGCGUCGAAUUCCGAUCGGGGGCGGUGCAGAUUGUGGUGGUGGUAAAUUUCUUUUUCACUCCCCCGAACGAGAUACCCGCGGGUAACCUACACAGCAGCUCUACCCACGCGAUAAUAAUACAAUUUAUUAAUAUUAUAUUUUAUACGAUCGUCGGCAAAACCGCCGCUUCAGAAGUACAACGUCACGUCAUUAUAUGAUAACAUAAUAUUACUUCGCGGCAGUAAUUAUUCGUCAGAGAGACAUCGUGCAUAGUAUAUUUUAGUAGUUCGUCGUUGACCAUCAUCAUGUCUUGGUUUUUUUCGGCCGACGAUGACGAAGAGGACGAAAAUUUGCUGUUUAGCCCCGCGCUCAUGGCCCGGAGGGCCAGCGAGAGUUGGAUCGAUACGCCGCCAAUAGAGGAAGUUCCGGUCCAGAUGGCACUGCAGCGCAAAAAAAGUCUACCGGACGUCCAAGUGCCGCUGAACGCUCCGGCUUCGAUCACCCGGGAAGAGGUGUCCGUGUUGAGUUCGGCCAGGAGGGAGGAAAUGCGCAGGGUAGAAGAAGAAAAUGAACGGCUCCGAGCCAACCCACUGCUCUACCUAGUCAGUCCACACAUGAAGGAUUGGUUCACGAGGCAACAGUUGGUGUUGGUGAUAUUGAUCGUCAACAUAUCGUUGGCGCUGAUGUUUUUCAAACUUUUGACAUCCUAGACGCGGCGCCGGUGGUGGACGGCUUGGACACUUCCCGCAGCCAUAUUAUACGAAAAUAGAAAAACAAAAUAUACAUUUAUUAUAUUUUUUCAAUCAUGAUAAUAAUAUUAUGUUGUGUUAAUUCGCGGCGGUGACAAAUUAAUAAUUGUUAUUGCGCGUCAACAUUAAUUAUUAUUUUUAUAACGACCGUUUCGGGACGAGACGGCUUCGGAACGGCACCGGACGUCUCGUCCGGAAAACGUUUCGAUGCGUUUAUUUAUUCGUUUCAAUCACUUUUGGCAAUGUUAUAAACUAUAAAUUACAAUGCAUAUAUAUAUAUUAUAUAUACUUAAUAUACUUAAUGUUUAUAUACAUAUAUAUUAUAUAUAUAUAUACAUACACAUAUAACACCACGUUUGUUGUAUGGCGUUAUUUCCCAAUAAAUCGAUUUAUUAUUAUUAUAUUAUUAUAUACACGUAGUGACACGAUGUGAGGUCGAACAACUCGACGACGGCGUCUUAUAAUAUUAUUAUAUAAGGCUCGAGUCGAAAGCGAUUGGCUUUUAUUUCGGUAUAAUAUUAUAUUAUUAUUUUGUUAGUGAAUAUAGUGCAUUUGAUUUCAUUUU